AUGAGGGUUUUAGUUACAACUAUUUCAGGUAAUGCUCAUGAAAUUGAAAUUGACCAAAAACAAACUAUCAAAGAAUUAAAACAGAAUAUUAGUGAUUUGUAUCACAUUGAAACUCAGUUAUUACAUCUUAUAUAUAAAGGAAAAAACCUAAAGAAUGAUAAAAGUACAUUAAAAGAGAACGAAAUUACAGAAGGCAGUAAAAUUAUUGUUGUUAUAUUAAAAACACCAACACACACAAUUUCAAAAGAAGUAUUAAUUAAAAAAGAAGAAAUUAAUUUUAAUAAAACUAAACAAGAAGUAAAUGAUGAUAUUAUGGAAAUUGAAUUUGGAGAUGAAAGUUUUGAAGAAAUUGUAAAUGAAAUAGAAAAAGAAGAACCAGAACUAGCAGAAGAAAUCCGAGAUAAUCCCGAAUUAUUAAAUAUUAUAUUUGAAGAAGAGUUAAAAGAGGCCAAUGAAUAUUGUAAGAAUUAUAUGGAAGAAAUAAAUGAAGACACAGAAGAAGAAGAAAAUGAAGAAGAAAUGAUUAAUUAUAAAAAAGAAUUAGAACAACUUAAAAUUGAAGGAGAAGUAUUUGAUAAAAUUAAUAAUAAAUUAAAAAAAGGAGAAGAAUUAAAUGACUUAGAACACUCAAUAUUAGAAGAAGAAAACUCGUAUGAGUUAUGUAUAAUAUUUAUAUUAAUUAAUGAAGGAUUUCCUGAAAAUAUUAUACGUGAAGCAAUAAAAAAUACUUCAACUCUUGAUGAAGCAAGAACAUACUGCAAAUAUUAUUUAAAUUAA